CCCCGACUUCCUUCCCGGGGACGGCGCGGACGGCGCGGACGGCAGCGGCCUGCAGGCUUGCGGCGGCCCGGGACGCACGGGCGGCCGUGCGGAUCCAACAUGAGCGAAGCUUCCUGCAAAAAACGUGAUGACUAUUUGGAAUGGCCUGAGUAUUUCAUGGCGGUGGCCUUCUUAUCGGCACAGAGAAGCAAAGACCCAAAUUCCCAGGUUGGCGCCUGCAUUGUGGACACAGAGAAUAAGAUCGUUGGGAUUGGGUACAAUGGAAUGCCCAACGGAUGCAGCGAUGACCUGUUGCCAUGGAGAAGGACAGCAGAGAGCAGGCUGGACACCAAGUACCCCUACGUGUGUCACGCCGAGCUGAACGCCAUUAUGAACAAAAACUCAGCGGAUGUGAAGGGCUGCAGUAUGUAUGUCGCCUUGUUCCCGUGUAACGAGUGCGCUAAGCUCAUCAUCCAGGCAGGUAUUAAAGAAGUUAUUUUCAUGUCUGAUAAGUACCAUGAUAGUGAUGAGACAAAAGCGGCGAGGCUCAUGCUCACUAUGGCCGGGGUCACGUUCAGGAAAUUCACCCCAAAGUGCAGCAAGAUCAUCAUUGACUUUGAUUCAAUUAACAGCAGGACAAGUGAAAAGCCUCAGUGAGUUCCAUCUCGUGAAACCUCCAGAAGAUUGGGAUUAUCCUCUUCUACGGAGCUGCUCGUGCCUUUCAUGUUGAAGCCACACAUAACUGUAAUAGCAAGAGUGGACAUUUAAGAAUAUAAACCCUUGAAUCUUCCUUACUCUGCCACACAGAAGCUCUAUCUAUUUGAACUAUUGGUUUAGGGUUUAAAAUAAAGAGAACCUGUUGGUGGCCAAGCACACGGGGCUGGGGCAAGGGUGCCUGCCCCUGGUAGUCUGACUCGCAGGAUGCUGGUGGUGGGGCAGAGGGCCCUCAGCUAUCUGUCAUCUGCUGCCACCCCUCACUGCUGCAUGUUCUGGAAGGACCAAUAAAUAAUUGUUGCUGUGUUCUUAGCGGGGAUGAGCAGACGCACUGAUUUGAACAUCUGGCCCAAAUGAAGCAAGCCAUGUAGUGCCCUUGGAAAAAAAUUAGGACUCAGCGACAAUAUUAAUGCAUUUGUGCGUUGAGGGACACCCUCAGCCACCCGCCCUUAAAACUGAGAUGGGAUGGCACGUCUGUAAUGACAGGUGAUGAGCAUAAUGGAACCAGGGACAUUUCUUCUGUCCCUGCCACCCUGCUGUCACACAGUGUGAGGGUACAUUAGCCCUUUGAUGAUGGGGACCCCUGCUGUUUUGGUGUAUUUUUGGUUUGUUGGUCAUGUGAAGCUCCUUCCUGUCAUUCAUCUGAAUCAUGAGUUGUCCCCAGAGAAGAUGAAGAUGCCUGUCUCCCUUGGGUGCCCCGAAGACCCACCUGGCUAUGGUGGCAGUUGGGGUUGUGUGGGUGACGGGAUCCGUCCUGUAGUCAGGGUCCAUCCUGUGAACCAUCUUGCCUCUCUUCCAAAAGCCAGCUUGCUUCAUAUCCAAGGCCACUCUGCAACCAGGAGUCCAUUAAUUCCUGUCCUGCAAGUGACUGGAGCGCCUUUGUGCUCCUAGUGCCAUCAGCUGCACAGAUGUCACCUUCCUAAUCACAGCCCCAGCACCUGUGUAGGGGCCUUUGUCUUUAGUCUCAUUUAAUUUUUAUUAAACGUGCUCAGUACCUUUUUGAGCAAAUGCUUUCUCUAUCCUAAAGAUUAUUACCUUUUUAAAGUGCUUUUAUAUUUUCAUGAGUUUUUAUUUUGUCUCUGGGGUUUUGUAUUCUGCAUUCUAGGGCAUUUUGUAAUUUGGUUCCUUAUAUUAUUAAAGUCUUGUUAAAAUCUA